CAAUGGUUGCCUGGGGGCUCAACUUAAAGAAAAAAGGACAGCAUUAUAACAAUCUCCAUUUUCAAGUAUCUUCAAAUGGAGCUUGCUCACAUGGAUCGUGUUGUCUAUCAAUGCCUGACUUCUGUCCUUUUUAAGUAUUCUCUGCAACCAGUUUGGGAAUUGAAUAUCCUUCAUUUGUCUCUUUGUUUUUAAGCGAAAACUCAUGAUGGACGAAUGGAAUAUUUAAUUGGCUAAUUAGGCUAAUCGAUGUAAUUGUGUCAACGUUCCACAGACUGGGCCAUGUCUUUUACCUGUAGACCAAAAAUGCUCUAGUAUCAAUCACGGGAACCAGAUCACCAGCAAGACUUGAUCAGCUGCCUAUAGCCUAGUAUGUGGCUAUUGCUAAGCCACAUUCCUGUGGUAAAGACUGAGGGACUAUCAUCUGAACGCUCCAUGUAGAGGGGCCUGAAAUCCACAUCCACCCCAGGAGCUCAGCUCAGCAGGGACAGCCCACAGGUCUGGCCAAAGGCAGAGUGGUUAAAGGGGAGUCCAUGGAGGAUGGGAUGGAGUCUCCUGGGGACCGAGUGGAGGACGGAGAUGCAUCGAGAGACGAGGACGUAGCUGCCAGACUGCGGUCCAGUCCCAGAGCAGAGGCAGAGCUAAAUGGGACCUAUGAGAGUGCAGAGUUGGGGAACAGACACAAGAACCCCACCCCCCUGGUCUCCCAGGCCAAUGGGUCACAGGCGGCUACAGAGAAUGGGAUGAGGGAGACGGACCUGCCUCACGGCUCCACCACCGGUAGUAACGGAUACAUCCUCAGCAAGCAGCAGCAGGAGGGGGGGUCUUCGACGGGCUCGACGGCUCCCCCACACAGGACUAGCUGGUUGCCCUCAGGCACCACCAUGAUUGGACACACCGCCAAAACUUUCCCGUCUUUGGCAGCCGGGUGUGGCCACAGUCUGGGCGCAAUAAGGACUGACAUCCAGCGUGCCGUGUCCCCGUCGGGACAGGGGACUUCAGACGCAGAGACUAAAAACGGCACGUCCGCUAGCGUCUCCCCCGCCCCCUCCCCACAGUCCAUCGCCAUACACCGAGCACGCAAAACCAUGUCCAUGCCAGCAUCCAACCAGACACUAAAGCUUCUAAACAGGAUAUUAACAGAACCAAAGGGUGCAGACGAGGAGAGUCAGAAUGGACCGGAGGAGGAGAAGUCCCAGCAGACGUCCCCCUCCCAGAACCAAUUACUUCUGAGCCAAAGCGACGUGCCGGCUGCAGCAACGGCCAAGUCCCAGACAGCAUCGAGGAAGAAGAAACGGAAGAUGGGAACAUACAGUCUGGUCCCCAGGAAGAAAACGAAAGUGCUGAGGCAGGGGACGGUGCUGCAGAUGUUUAGUCAACUUCAAUCAACUCAAAGUGCACAGUCUAAAGAGGUAUCACACGUGAAUGGGGAAAGGGUGGAGAACGAGUCAGAGGAGGAAGGGUGGGAGGAUGGAGAGGAGUGGGAGGAAGAGGUGGAGCAGGGUGGAGAGGAGGGUGUCCCCACAGCCCUGGAGAAGAGUCAAACAUCAGGCCCUGCCCUUCAGGGGGAGCUGGGAGAGGAGCCGGGAGAGGAGCCGGACUCUGAGGAAUCAGCUGAGGAGGAAGGGGAAGAAGAGGGGAAUGAGUCAGACUUGAGCUCGGAAUCCAGCGUGAAGAAGAGGUUGAAAAAUAAAUCAAAGGGAGACUACUUCUGGCUCCGGCCAUCCAGGAAAAGGAAAAGGAAGCCCAAGACUGAGGGACUCCCUUGCACAGGGCCCCAGGGCCAGGCAGGCCUCAGUAAGGACAACACAGAGGUUCCCCUCCACUCACUCAACCUUAAAGCCAAGGAAAUGCUGCUCUCCCCACAGCACACAGGAGUUUCUGGGGGUGUGGAGGAAGACAUGGUGCAUGAGCUACCCCUCUGCAGCUGUCGCAUGGAGACACCCAAGAGCCGGGAGAUCCUCACACUGGCCGACAGGAAAUGCAUGGCCACAGAGAGCAUUGACCGACAGCUAAGCAGAUGUCAGAGUGCGGUUCUAAAGCAUGAGAUGAUGCGUCCUUCAAACUCGGUGCAGCUGCUGGUGCUGUGUGAGGACCACCGGGCCGGCAUGGUCAAGCACCAGUGCUGCCCCGGCUGUGGCUUCUUCUGCAGGGCUGGGACCUUCAUGGAGUGCCAACUGGAUGUCAACAUCUCCCACCGUUUCCACCGGGCCUGUGCCUCGGUGCUGAAGGGCCAAACCUUCUGUCCACACUGUGGAGAGGAGGCCAGCAAGGCCAAGGAGGUCACCAUUGCCAAGGCCGACACCACCUCCACCAUGCCCGCCACACAUGCUGCACACGGCCCUGCCACCCCCGGGGCUACAGAGGGCAGGGCAGACACCACCACUGGGGGUCUAUCCUGUUUCUCUGUGGGAGGUGAUAUAAGUGGCCGAGCAGACAGCUCUCUCUCCAUCCCCCCUGGGCACACACUGGACACCUCCUUCCCUGGGGGCUCCAGAACCGGAGUAGUGCCUCCUGCGGUGGGGAUUGGGAUGGGCAUAGGAUUGGGCACCACCCCUAAAGAGACCUUGGAGAGCAUCCUGCUGGCAUUGGACACAGAGAAACCCAAGAAGCUGCGGUUUCACCCCAAGCAGCUGUUCAUCUCUGCCAAACAGGGCGAGCUACAGAAGGUCCUUCUCAUGCUGGUGGAUGGGAUGGACCCUAACUUUAAGAUGGAGAGCCAGAGCAGACGCACCCCCCUCCAUGUAGCAGCUGAAGCAGGCCACCAGGAGAUCUGUCACCUGCUGGUUCAGUCUGGUGCUAACCUGGACAUCUGUGAUGAGGACCAGCGCACACCCCUGAUGGAGGCCUGUGAGAACAACCACCUGGAGACAGUCCGCUACCUACUGAGUGCAGGAGCCAUCGCCAGCCACAAGGAUGUGGAGGGGUUCACGUGUCUCCACCUAGCUGCUAAGAUUGGCCAUUACAACAUCGUGGAGCAUCUCCUCUCCACAGGACUCAUAGACAUCAACUGUCAGGACGAUGGCGGUUGGACGGCCAUGAUCUGGGCAACGGAGUAUAAGCACCUAAACCAGGUGAAGCUGCUUCUCAAUAAAGGGGCUGACAUCAACAUCAGGGACAAGGAGGAGAACAUCUGUCUCCACUGGGCUGCAUUCUCUGGCAGUGUGGAGAUUGCUGAGCUCCUCCUAGAGGCCAAGUGUGAUCUCCAUGCUGUCAACAUCCAUGGAGACUCCCCUCUGCACAUCGCCGCGCGGGAGAACAGGCUUGAAUGUGUCACACUCUUGCUGUCUCGUGGGGUGGAUGUCAACUUGAAGAACCGUGAGGGGGAGACCCCGCCGGACUGCUGCAGCCGCAGCUCCAGGGUGUGGCUCACCCUUCAAACAAACAGGAAGAUUAGGGAGGCCAGGAGCAGCACCCAGGGGGAGAAGGUCCUCAACAGAGACAUAGCCCGGGGGUAUGAGAGAGUUCCAGUCCCCUGUGUCAACUCGGUGGAUAGUGAGCCCUGUCCGGACAACUAUAAAUACGUGCCAGACAACUGUGUCACCUCCCCCAUGAACAUAGACAAGAACAUCACACACUUACAGUACUGUGUGUGUAAAGACAACUGCUCCUCAAGCAGCUGCAUGUGUGGCCAGCUCAGCCUACGCUGUUGGUAUGACAAGAAUGGUCGUCUGCUCCCCGAGUUCUAUCGUGAGGAACCGCCCCUUAUCUUCGAGUGUAACCACGCCUGCUCCUGCUGGAGAACCUGUAAGAACCGUGUGGUGCAGAACGGACUGAGGGUCCGGCUCCAACUGUUCCGGACCAGUCAGAUGGGCUGGGGGGUCCGGACACUGCAGGAAAUUCCUCAGGGGACCUUUGUGUGCGAGUACGUUGGGGAGAUCAUCUCUGAUGCAGAGGCAGAUGUCAGGGAAAACGAUUCCUACCUGUUCAACCUGGAUAGCAAGGUGGGUGACAUAUACUGCAUAGAUGCCCGUUUCUAUGGCAACAUCAGCCGGUUCAUCAACCACAUGUGCGAGCCGAACCUAUUCUCCUGCCGGGUGUUCACGGCACACCAGGACCUGCGCUUCCCCCAUAUCGCCUUCUUCGCCUGCGAGACCAUCAAGGCUGGGGAAGAGCUAGGGUUUGACUACGGUGACAAUUUCUGGGACAUCAAGGGAAAGCACUUUAGCUGUGAGUGCGGCUCUCCCAAGUGCAAGCACUCUGCAGCGACCAUCGCUCUGCGCCAGGCAGACAGCUCGCCCCUGGACCAGCAGUCCAGCGCCCUCCCUGACACCAGCUCCUCCACCACCCCUUUCUGAGCCCCCUCUCCCACCCCCACAAAAAGGACUUCCAGACCAGUGGAGAUACGUCUCCAUCCCCAGUUGAAUCAUCACCUUCAGGCCUGUGGAGCUCAUCACUGAGACCUAAAAUCAACCCCACAGAAACCCACCUGCUUCAUGUCUCAACCAGCUCUAACAUCACCUCCUUACCAGCACAAACUCUGAACUUCUGCUGAAACUCACCCUCAGUGCAGGACAUAUUGGACAGGAAGCCAGUCUGUUUGAUUGACGUGUGUCCGACGCACUAUGAACAACUUUUAUGAGAAGGAAUAAAACACUACUAUGAGCCUGGCUCUUGUUUUGUUGUUUCCUAUUGUCAUUCUCAUACCGGCUUUGUGCUCAGUUCUGGGUAAUGGUGUUUCCUGGCCCUUGGUCGGAAUUAAGUUUGUACUAAGCAGCAAUGUAUAUCUAUCCAUGAAAAAUAUUUCCACUGUGCGAAAGGCAUUUGUAGCAUAGGAGUGCCCUUACCCUCUCACAUGAUACCAUAGAAAUUAGAAAUGUUCAUGCACAAUUUGAGACAUUUGAUGUAUUUACCUCAUGCUAUAGUUUGAUUGCAAAGGGGACAGAGGACUUAGGUCACAAUCAUGUAUGUUUUACUGGACUUCCCUUGAGCAUUUCUACAGGAAAAUAAUUGUCAGUGCUAGAUAUCAAUUAUGAAAACAAAUACUUUUGAAUUCACUUUAUAUUCAAAUCUAAUUUUAAAUCUGUUAUAUUCUGUUACAUUUAGUCAAGUGUAUUGUAUGCAGAAUCAGGUUAUGGAAAGACCUUUUGAUAAUGAUCAUGAGUACAAAAUUUGAAGGCAAUGAGAAUACUAACCAAUCAUCUCACUGUUCUGUUUAGAGGGGUGAAGUAAAGUUGACACUGUCCAGUGAAGGCAGUUGCAAUCUGCUUUGACCACAAAGGAGUGGCAGAUUUUCCGUCAGUUCUGGCAUGAAUUCCUCUUCAACACAAUGGUCCUUUUCUAUUAAAUACUUUUCUUCUGGAAACAGUAUGUGCGUAUAUGAAAGAUGUUGUGACAUCAAAUUGCCCAACUGUAAGGGUGUCAAGAUUGCAAAAGAGUUGAGGUGGGAGUUGACUAAGCUGUACAGUUAUGUACUAUACUGUACCUACAAAAUGAAAGCAGGUGAAUUUUUAUUUAUUUUUAUCUGCAGGAUUUUUAAGCAUGUUUAAGGCUGACACCUUGAAUAUUAAGUUUUAAAUACAUUUUACAUAAUUUUGGAUUGACUGCAUUGGGGUUGAAUGUUAAUGGGGUGAGAUGCAAGCAAAUUCUGCUGGCAAUAUUUUAUUUUCCUUUUGUUGAUUUUGCAUUGUAAAAUUAAGCAAAUAAUUUUUUUCUUUUUACAUUUAACUUCAGUGUUUGUAUCUGUAGUUUAGCCUGUUUCAAUUUUGUUACACCAUUUCAUGUUGAUGGAAACCUACACAUUAUUCCUAUGUAUUUAAUGUGGUUAGUACAGUAGUGACUCUUGUGCCCAUUUUCAAAGGUAUGAAUAUAAAAAGGUUAUACAAAAUUAUUUACUUUCUGUUACAUAUUUCUGGACCGUGAAACAUCCAUCUCAUUGGUUGUAUCUUUCUUUUUCAAUAAAUGUACUAAUGGAUAUGGCUGCCAGGUUUUAUUAACAGAGCAUAAUGAGUACGGUGGGCACACACUAGACAGGUUCCGGUGGAUGAGGAUUUUCGGAAAGAAGAUUUAAGAGGAAGCCUCUGAGAAACACCUGGAGACAGAAGCUUGAGGCAGAUAGUGCCUUCGGGAAAGUAUUCACACUGCUUCACUUUCCACAUUUUGUUGUGUUAGUCUGAAUUUAAAAUUGAUUAAAUUUAGAUUUUUUUUAUUCACUGGCCUACACCCAAUAUCCCAUGUCAGUGGAAUUAUGUUUUUAGAAAUGUUUACAAAUGAAUUAAAACUGAAAAGGUGAAAUAUCUUGA